AAGAAAAAGAUGUUUACGUAGUGAAUUCAUAUCGAACGGUUACCUAGCGAACCGUCGUGAACUUGAUUAGUGUCUCCUACGUAAUUCUCAAUCAUUGAUUUGCGUCCGCAUAAUCAUCGUGCUCCCCCGCUACCGGUGAAAAGCAAUGAACCCAGUAGCGCUAUUUCUGCUGUGUACUGCGCUAGUGUUGCAAAUAGAUUUGAGCCGUGAAGCCGAUAAAUACUGCCGCAAAGACUCAUGUCCCGAUGCCGAACGAAACAUCGGUUGUGGUUGUGGUUCACAAACAAAGACAUCCUACGGAUCGCAAUGCGCCGGUAAACGCCCCCGCAAAGUAACCAUCGACAGCAGACUGAAGUCGCUGAUCCUACGAGAACAUAACACUAGACGAAAUUCUAUAGCGUGCGGAUUGGUAAUCCCGCAUCAGCCAGCUGCUGGCAUGCCGGAAGUGCUGUGGGACAAUGAGUUACAGCAUUUGGCCUGGUGCAACGCAAGGCGAUGUGUUUAUGGUCACGACCGGUGUCGCAGCACGAGUAAGUUCGAAUGGCCGGGACAGAAUAUUGCAUCCAAAACGAUUUGCGGUAAAGCUGCACCACUAAAACCAGAGGAAGUUAUUACCGCCAGUAUCAACGUUUGGUUCCUGGAACACCAAAACACCACUCCAGCGAUGAUUGAUAGCUUUCCUGGAAAAGUGGACGGUGGUCCAAUUGGGCAUUUCACUGUUAUGGUGAACGACCAGGUAGAACGAAUUGGCUGCAGUCUCGUUGUGUACAACGUUCAGCGUGCUGGAUUCACCUCGCCAUGCCCAACCCACUACCUAGUGUGUAAUUAUUCCGCUAGUAACUUCCUGCAAGAACCUUCGUACGUGAAAAGCGACACUCCCGCAGAAAAGUGCAGAUCUCGUUCGAAACAAUAUUCCUGUUUGUGUGGCAGCAAUACGGCGAAAACUAACAAGCAGAAACCGAAUCGCUAACAUGCACUAGAAAAUCAAAAGCAUUGGCGAAUAACAUGACCCCAGCACUCAGUCAUGCAACUUAAUAUGAUCUGUGUCGUGUUAGCACAGGAAAUAGAACAGGUGUACACAAAUUAGUUUUCAAAACAAUGAAAUUAAAGGCAUACGUA